CCCAACAUCCUCUUCUCGGCAGUGGUGUAGCUUUGAAAUUGGACCUGGCUGAUUUAAUGUCUGUACUUGAACCUACUGCUCAGACCUUUGUGAUGAAAAGGCUGUCAAGUACCAUCACACUGUACCAAAUUAGUGGCAAAUGCCUGACUGGUGGCCCCAGGCCUCUACUCCUCAUGCUUCCCUGGUUCCGAGCCAGGUCUCCUGCCGUGGAACGGUACCGGCAGCUUCAUCACCCAUACGGCUUUGAUAUCCUGGUCGUGGAAACCAACGUCCUGCAUUUCCUCUGGCCACGUUUAGGCUUGACCUAUGCACAGCAAGUGGUAGACCUUCUCCAUAAGGGGUCCUUCGCCUCCAGUCCCAUCAUCGUUCAUGCAUUCUCCAUUGGAGUUUUCCUCUUUGCCAACAUGAUUGUGGUUUCAAGAAAUAUUCCAUUGUACUCAAACUUCAAGGCCAGGGUUGUAGGCCAGAUCUUCGACAGCUUGGUAAUAGGAAAUACGGACAGAAUAGCAGAAGGUGUUUCACAGAUCUUGGCUCCCCCCUUCCUUCAGCCUGUUCUCAAAAGGAUGACACUUUUCUGGCUCAUGAGAAGUUACAUCAACAGCUACCACCAAACUGCAAUCAAGCUGUUUUGGGAUCAUCCGUACCCUGCACCCAUUUUGGUUUUCUCCAGCAGGAAUGACCCACUGAGUGACUGGGUGGAGUUGGAAGCUUUGCUGCAAAGUUGGCAGAAGAAAGGCAUUCCCGUAACUGGGAAAAGCUGGGAUAUAUCCCAUCAUGCUGGACACUUGCGGCAGCAUCCUCAGGAAUAUCAAGAAGUCCUGAAAAGCUUCCUUAAUUCACUUAGCUCUUUCUGUCUACCUUCCAAAUUGUGAGGAGAGUGAAAGAGCAGGGAGCCCAGGAUCUUGCUGAUUUGCACAACACUGGUUUGUCCCUGAAUCAGAAUCAGGUUUAUUAUCACUGGCAUGUGACAUGAGAUUUGUUAACUUAGCAGCAGCAGUUCAUUGCAAUACAAAAUAUAGAAGAAGAAAAAACAAACAAAAUAAAAUAAUAAUAAAUAAAUAAAAUACAGUAUACAGGAAUAGAUUAAAAAUUGUGCAAAAAAAAACAAAAAUACUAUAUAUUUUAAAAAGUGAGGUAGUGUUCAAGGGAUCAAUGUCCAUUUAGGAAUUGGAUGGCAGAGGGGAAGAAGCUGUUCCUGAAUCACUGAGUGUGUGCCUUCAGGCUUCUGUACCUCCCACCUGAUGGUAACAGUGAGAAAAGGGCAUGCCCUGGGUGCUGAAGGUCUUUAAUAAUGGACUCUGACUUUCUGAGACAUUGCUCCAUGAAAAUGUCCUGGGUACCUUGUAAGCUAGUACCCAAGAUGGAGCUGACUAGAUUUACAACCUUCUGCAGCUUCUCUCAGUCCUGUGCAGUAGCUCCCCCCCCCCCCAUACCAGACAGUGAUGCAGCCUGUCAGAAUGCUCUCCGCAAUACAUCUAUCAAAGUUUCUGAGUGUAUUUGUUGACAUGCCAAAUCUCUUCAAACUCUGAAUGAAGUAUAGCCACUGUCUUGCCUUCUUUAUAACUGCAUUGUAUGUUGGGACCAGGUUAGAUCCUCAGAGAUCUUGACACCCAGGAACUUGAAGCUGCUCACUCUCUCCACUUCUGAUCCCUCAAUGAGGAUUGGUAUGUGUUCCUUCAUCUUACCCUUCCUGAAGUCCACAAUCAGCUCUUUCCUGUUACUGACGUUGAGUGCCAGGUUGUUGCUGUGGCACCAUUCCACUAGUUGGCAUAUUUCACUCCUGUGUGCCCCCUUGUCACCACCUGAGAUUCUGUCAACAAUGGUUGUAUCGUCAUCAAAUUUAUAGGUGGUAUUUUUUGAGCUAUGCCUAGCCACACAGCCAUGUGUAUAUAGAGAGUAGAGCAGUGGGCUAAGCACACAGUCCUGAAGUGCGCCAGUGUUGAUUGUCAGCGAGGAGGAAAUGUUAUCACCAAUCCGCACAGUGUGGUCUUCUGGUUAGGAAGUAGAGGAUCCAAUUGUAGAGGGAGGUACAGAGGCCCAGGUUCUGCAACUUCUCAAUCAGGAUUGUGGAAAUGAUGGUAUUAAUUCUGAGCUAUAGUCAAUGAACAGCAUCCUGACAUAGGUGUUUGUGUUGUCCAGGUGGCCUGAAGCCGUGUGGAGAGCCAUCGAGAUUGCAUCUAUAGUGGCGAUAGGGCAGAUGGAACCAGAUGGGGGAGGAUAUGGGUAGAUGGAAUCAAAUGGAAGGAGAAGAUGGGCACAUGGAAUCAGAUAGGGGAGGAGAUGAUGGGCAGAUGGAACCAAAUGGGAGGAGAAGAUGGGCAGAUGGAACCAGAUGGGGAGGAGAUGAUGGGCAGAUGGGAGGAGAAGAUGGGCAGAUGGAACCAGAUGGGGAGGAGAUGAUGGGCAGAUGGAACCAGGUGGGGGAGGAGAAGAUGGGCGGUUGGGGGAGGAGAUGGGCAGAUGGAACCAGAAGGGGACGAGAAGAUGGACAGAUGGAAUCAGAUGGGAAAGGGCAUAGCAGAAGUUAAAAAAAAAUGGAGAAAUGAACUGUGUGGAUGGGUGUUUAGGUUGUGGGGUGGUGGAAAAAUCUCACCAGAGCUGAGGGUGAUCUUAAAUUGGAAAUAGUGUUCAUACCAAAGAGUUGUAUUUUACCAAGUGAUAUCAUGUGCUUGGGUUCUGCACUCAGGCUUGGGAAUGAGUGUAUUACUGAGCAAUUGAAUAUAUUAAUUUAUUAUGCCUAUGUACUUUCGUAAUUAUUUGUUUUCAUAUUUUCACUUCGUGGAGAUAUUGAUGGUUGUUCAGUUCCUGCUGUACAUUUGAAUGUUUGACAGUGGAACAGAUGAGCAAUGUAAUCCAUGUGCAAUGACUUGCAACGCAAUGUACAACUGUAUCGUAGAUCUCUAAAGUGCAUGAUUUCAAUAAAGA